UGAAUUUAUGUUCUUCAGUCAAAUCAUCAACAAUUCCAUAAAACAAUGCAAUCAAGUAAUUUUCUCUUGUUGUUGUUUGCAGCAUUGAUGAUUUUACAUCGAUGUGAUGCAAGGAGGAGCACCAUUGAUGGAAGCAGUAAAUUAGUUGACAAUGGCGAAACACUGGUAUCUGCUGGAGAAAAUUUCGAAAUGGGAUUCUUUUCUGAUGAUGACGGGUUAAACAAAUAUGUAGGCAUAUGGUAUUACAAAUUAAGUCCUAGAACUGUUGUAUGGGUUGCUAAUUGGAAUAAUUCGAUUCAGGGUAAAAGAAUAAUGAAUGAGGAUAAUUCGGUUGUCGUUGAAGAUGGUAAUCUCAAAGUUAUAAGUAAUGGGUAUACUUAUUUCUCCACAAAAUUAGGUAGUGGUUCUAACAGGAAAGUAGAGUUGUUGGAUACAGGGAACUUAGUUUUAGUUGAUGAAUCAGGAGUUGAAAUGUGGCAGAGUUUUCGCAAUCUAACCGAUACAUUCCUACCAGGUAUGAAAAUGGAUAGUAGUUUGAAUUGGAUUGAUUCAAAAAAUGGGAACUACAGAUUCCAAUUAGAUCAAUCAAGUGACAAGGAAUAUGUUAUAAUACUUCCAAAGCAGGGCAAAAUUCUCUGGAAAGGGUCUGCGAAAUUAGGAAAGUUAAGUUUCGGUGAGAUGCCUGAUUAUGUUGCCUACAUGUUAUCCAACUUCACUAAUAAAGACGUUGUCGAUAAUUCAUUGGAAUCGAUAGGAACAUUUAACAAGAGUAGGCUCUUAAUGAACUCCUCGGGGGAAAUACAAUUCUAUGGUUGGGAUAAGGAGAUCAGUGGAUGGUCUUUGAUGUGGUCAGCGCCAAAGGAUACGUGUGAUUUGUAUAAGUAUUGUGGGAAGUUUAGCAUUUGUAACAGCAAACGUGAGGAAGUAUGCAAAUGUUUGCCUGGGUAUAAGCCCAAUCCUCCAGAUAAUUCAAAAGCAGGAGAUUUUUCAGGUGGUUGUUCGAGGAAGUCAGUUAGCUCUUGCAAUGAAGACAAUGUAGAAGUACUCGACACGUUCUUGGAUUUGAGGUCAAUGAAAUUCAAGAGUCCAGACAAGAUAAUCAGUAAUAUUAGUACCCGUGAGGACUGCAGGAGAUUUUGUCUAGGCAACUGUAAGUGCCAGGCCUAUACUUACGAUGAUUCUGUAUGCUGGAUUUGGGACACUAGUCUCAUGUCUCUCCAGGAGAACUAUGCUGGUGGCUUCAACAUCUCUGUUCGUGUCAGCAUUUCCGAUAUUGAAGCAACAAGGAGAAAUUGCAAGCCUUGUGGCAUAAACCUAAUACCCUAUCCAUUAAGCAGUGGACAAAAUUGUGGUGACCCUCUGUAUUAUAGUUUCUCAUGUGAUGAUUUAGCUGGUCAGGUAAGCUUCCACACAUCGAAUGGCAAGUAUACUGUCGUUAACUUUGAUAAAGAUAACAAAACAUUUGUUAUAGAAGCAGCCCAUAAAGAAUCUGUUGGUACUUGUGAUGACAAAGGACCGGUGACAGGAAUUUCUUGGUUCAACCAGUCAUCACCUUUUAAGGUGAUAAACUGGUGUUACAAUCCUGACGAGAAUCUUACUUCAGGACCUUUUAGUCGAGGGAAAGAUUUAAUAUUGAUUAGUUGGAAACCACCAUUGGAGCCAUUUUGCAAGACUUCAGAAGAUUGCAAUGAUUGGCCAAAUUCUAGUUGCAAUAUGACAAAACAAGGAGAAAGAAGAUGUAUAUGCCAAACUGAUUACAAAUGGAAUGGCUUGAUUUUAAAUUGUUCCACGAGUUUAGAACUUGGAACACAAGGAUCAUUCAUCGCGAAGCUGGCAUCCUCACGGAAUCAGAGAACCCUUGUUAUCUCCAUCUCUGUAGUUCUUGGAGUUAUAACUUUGUGCAGCAUUAGUUAUAUAAUUUAUCAGAACACUAGAGUGACAAGAAGUAGAGAAGCAAGAGAUAUUGUUUUGGGGAAUCAUAUGGAGCACUUUCCUCGUAGAGAAAGUUUCGGUGAAGAUUUGAUCACUGCAGAUGAAAAGAGACGUAUUGAUGUCCCAUUUUUCAGCUUGUAUAGCAUACUAGUAGCUACAGACAACUUCUCGAAUGCAGCUAAGCUCGGGCAAGGUGGAUUCGGACCUGUUUAUAAGGGUAAGUUUCUCGAAGGUGCAGAGCUAGCGGUGAAAAGGUUGUCAAAUCAUUCGGGACAAGGUGUUGAAGAAUUUAAAACUGAAGUAAUGUUAAUUGCCAAACUGCAGCACAGAAAUUUAGUCAGGCUUCUAGGCUAUUGUGUUGAGGGAAAUGAAAAGAUCUUACUAUAUGAGUAUAUGGCCAACAAAAGCUUGGAUACAUUUAUAUUCGAUCAUACAUUCUGCCGAUUAUUGGACUGGAGGAUUCGUUUUGAAAUUAUAUUGGGUAUCGCACGAGGGCUUCUUUAUCUUCACCAAGACUCGAGGCUAAGGAUUAUUCAUAGAGAUCUUAAGACAAGCAACAUAUUGUUAGAUGAUGAAAUGAAUGCCAAAAUUUCAGAUUUUGGCUUGGCAAGGAUUAUUGAAGGCAAAAACACAGAAGUUAAUACAACCAGAGUUGUUGGAACUUAUGGCUAUAUGUCACCGGAGUAUGCAUUGGAGGGACUCUUUUCAAUCAAGUCCGAUAUAUUUGCCUUCGGAGUGGUAGUUCUUGAAAUCAUAAGUGGGAAGAGAAACAUGGAAUUUUUCGAAGAAGUAAACCUUACUGGUUAUGCAUGGAGACUGUGGAUGGAAGACAGGGCACUUGACAUGAUUGAUCAAACUAUUGUUGAUACGUUCGAGGACAAGGAAGUGAUAAAAUGUGUAAAUGUUGCACUUCUAUGUGUGCAAGAAGAUCCAGGUGAUCGUCCUACAAUGUCAAAUGUAGUCGUUAUGCUUGGAGGCGAAAGCAUGACUCUUCCAAGACCAAGUCAGCCACAUUUUAUCACAAGAAGAAAUGCUUUGAGUACAUCUUCUUCCUCUUCUAAGCUCUACAGCACUUUCAACAAAGAGUUGACGAUAACUCAUGAAGAAGAAGGCCAACACAUAGAGAUGUAAAUGCACGAUGAAUAACUCAACAUUAUGUUAAAAUCAUCUAUAUCUUUCCUUUUAAUUCAAUAGUGAAUUUUUCGGUUAAUUUUUUUUUGGCACAGAGAAUAAACCAUUGUAUCUUCCCUCAAGUGACAACAGGUCACUUGAAUUGAAUUCAAAGUUAUAUU